AUGUCCCAAGUGUGGAGCAUUUCUGACUUUUUGUCUGAACUUCGCCAUCUGGGCCAGCUCACUAAGAUGCGGCCAGGGAGCCUGGUCGUCACUACCAUGGCGACCACAUUCGUGGAAAGGAUCCGUGCGGCCAAGAAUUGGACAUCGGCAGGCAUCAUCCAAUUGAUCGGUGAAGUCCAAAGCAUGGAGCUGCCAGAUGCCAUAAAGGAGAGCAUCCAGGAGGCCGUUGAGACAUGCCAGACCAACGAAGCCUCCCACAUCAAGCUCUCCACUUGCGGCCAGAAGAUAGUCCAUGUGCCAGCAUACUUGACCGCGGCGGAUUGGCAGGCUCUCGAAUCUGCCGUAUCCAAGGAUGACCAGAUGUCUGUCAUGGCCAAAAGGCUCCGAGCAAUGGGCCUUACCUCCCUGAAGGAGAACACGGUGCACCAGGUGCUCGCCACCCUGCUCUACGUCAACCACAGCCGAGGCCAACCACAGAUGCAGCCGAGGGCCAUACAUUCCAUGGUAGACGACUUCCAGGCCAUCUUCCACGGCACGGCCAAGAUUGAGGCUGUGCCCAAACUGGCCACUUACUCGGAGGAUCCUCUCCAGAAUGGCGAGGCCUGGCUGAGCCAAGCAUACACGAAUGGCUGCAGUCCAGCCAAUAAAAAGCUUCCUCUGCAUGCUUGGUACAGGAAGGUGCCCAUGAGGAAGAACCAUCAUUUGCUGGUUGGCUAUCAUGUGCCGGCGGAGUCCAACAAGGCACAUGGAAGCCAUGACCAUCUGGUCUGGCCAAAGCUGCCCAAAUGCUCUCCCAAUUGGCAGAACGGACCGGCUGGCUCUGCAGAACCUGCCAACACCGCUCAGAACGAGCAGAACCAAGCGGUGCAGCAGCAGCCGCUGCAGCAGCAGCAGCCGCUGCAGCAGCAGCAGCCGUUGCAGCAGCCAGUGCAGCUGCAGCAGCCCUCGCAGCAGCCACUGCAACUGCAGCAGCCCUCGCCCCAGCCACUGCAGCUGCAGCAGCCGUCGCAGCAAACAGCACUGCAGCAGACUUCUGCUACGGCCCAUGAUGAGGCGGGCAGCCAAGCAGCAGUGCCGCCGGAUCCCAUGCUCGCCACAGCCGAGCCAGACAUGUGUACGGAGAAGCCCUGCAAUUCCAAGCCAAAGACUUUGCAGGAGUUUGAGGACCAGCACUUCGAGGAACUCAGGAAGAGGAAGCUUGAGGCCAAAGAGAAGGCCGUGCCAAAGGCAAAAGCCAAAGCGAAGGCCAAAGCCAAGGACCACCUGCCGCCGCACAAGCGGGAUGCACCGAUUUUCGGCCCAACGUACACAGGCCUGCGGCUCCCAGGCCGAGAAGCCUAUCGGGCCCAUAUGGCCCGAAAGGCCAGGAUGGCCAAGUGA